GAGCAGAGGGGAAUUUCAACUUGGUUGCAGAGGUCACAUUGUUUCUGCCAUUGAAGAUGACUCUGGAAGCCUGUGUCCUGCUGAGCUUGGUAUUGAGCAGCUGUGGUGCUGGGGGAUAUGCUGAACUGUCUACUGUGUGUGGUUCAGAGACAGGUCCUGCUUCUGAGUUGAAUCAGGCAUACAACUUGACACCUGCAGAUCUUUAUAAUCUCAAUGCUAAGUUCAUUGAAAAUGAAAAGGAAACACAGUUCAGGUCCUACCUUAUAAAUAUAAGCUGGAGCCUCAGCAUGGAUGGCAGCAUCAAAGAAUUGACAGCCACCAAGAUAUGUGUGACCAGUCACGGAACUGUUAGACACUUUGAGUGUGUUCGAUGCAGUUACACAGAAAAGUUUCAAAGUCAAACUACAGCAGGGAAUCAAAGAUGGCAGUUCCAUUACACUGGAUUCCCUGUAGAACCAGUCACUAACUAUUUCAUCCAUGCUUACAACCUACCUCCAGCAAAUAUAAAUGAGGAUUCAUCUUCCAAAUCUCUCUCUUUAAUUUCACCAGGCUGUAAUGAUCAUGUAAUGAAAUAUAGCAAAAGCUGCAUAGAAGAAGGAAGUCUAUGGGAUCCAAACAUAACUGUAUGUAAAACAGAGGCAGAAGUGGAAGUGAAUUUUACCACAAGUAGCCUUGGGACAAGAUAUAUUCUAUUCAUCUGUGAUACCGAGGACUGCAAUGACCCUAGCGAGAAAGAGACUAAUGAAACUAGAACAUCUGUUAAACUACCUGUGGGUGAUCGAAGCAACAACAUUAUUGUAAAGAUAAUUCCUUAUUUUCCCAAAUGUCAACAUGAUUGUCCAAGGCGCACAGGAACCUUGACAACGUGCAUUCAAAAUUACAGCAAUGGGGCCAACACAAUUGAUUUGAUUGGAAGAUACAUGUGUUUCAUCCUUGUUGCUAUAUUUAUAACUGUGUGUGUGACUGUUGCUGUACUAUGUUUCAUGAAAAACCAUGAAACAAUUAUGAAGCGAACUUUCUUUCAUCACGCAAACCUACACCAAUUUGUUAAAGUGCUAGUUAUAUAUCCAAAAGAAGUCUGUUUUCAUCAUACUGUCCUAACUUUUGCCAAAUUUCUGCACGACUCUUGCCAGAUUGAUGUUAUUAUAGACAUGUGGCAAAAAAGAAAAAUUGCUGAAAAAGGCCCAGUACAAUGGCUGGCAGCUCAGAAAGAAAUUGCAGAUAAGAUAAUUUUCCUCUGUUCAAGCAAUAUCAGUACUGAGUGUGAUGAGUCCUGUUAUAAAAAUAUAGGAAACCACAAAGAUAACUCUGACUGUAUGUUUGCUCUUGCAUUUAACCUCUUCUGCAGCGAUUUGAAAAACCAGUCUUCUCUGCACAAAUACAUAGUGGUUUCUUUCAAUGAAAUAAAUUCAAAAGAUACCCUACCAGCUGCUCUGAAAAUCUGUCCAAAAUAUUAUCUUAUGAAGGACAUUGACAAUUUUUGUAGACAUCUUUCUAUUCAACAUAGCCAGACCAAUGGCAAAAGUACAAAAAAAGUGAGUGGCUGGCGAUCUAGCAUCAGAUGUAUACCAACUGAGGAAUACAGCAUGGGAAUAAAGGAUAACGGCGAGGAAACAGCAGCAGAAGAGUGCAAUUCCACAAGGCUGUUGAUGGGUUUAAUGUAAGUGUGCCUGUGUGAAAUUGAUUCUGAAUUAAACACGUUUCCUUUCAUAACCCAUCAGCUGAGAGAAUAGAAGCUAAAAAUUUGGAUGGGAAUGGUAGCUGCCCAACUUACAAAGGUAAUUUCUUCUUCCAACAACUAGGAAAAUAGUUUAAAGCCAUGGUGUCAAACUUUUUUGGCUCUGCAGGCCAAACAACAUGCAAGUGCUACAGUUAAUUCCCAGGGCUCCUGGAGUUGCUGUACUUGUACAAUAUUAGAACCCAGGCAUAAGGCAGCUCCCACGCACCUCCAACAGCAUCUAAAACCGCCAUAUAUGUGGAGUGACCAUAGCAUUAACUCUCUCUGGAUUUUAGAGAGCACUAACCUAUUUAGCUCACAGAGGAGGGCUCAUCCAGUCCAGUGUUUUCCAACCAGUGUGCUGCAGCACAGUUGUGUGCAGUGAGGAAUGUCCAGGUGUUCUGUGGAAUUUUGGGCUGGAGCCAAGCCCCGUGCCUGCUGCCACGCAGACAGACAGACAGACGGCAGGCAGUGAUUUGCAUCCACGUACUGUGUUCAGCUGCGCCACCCUACCCCCCUGCCUGGUCCCUCUCCCUGGUCUGUGCUUGGCUGUUCACCACGGCCCCCACCCACUCCACGUUCAGCUGGUAUGCCGCGGGAUGGGAGAGGUCCGGUAAAUGUGCUGUUGGAACCAAAAGGUUGGGAAAUGCUGAUCUAGUCCAUAAAAUGCCCUGUGGGCCAGAUGACCUCUCUCUGCAGGCCAGAUGUUUGACUCCCCUGGUGUAAAGAUAGUAAUUUCACUGUAAAAUAGUUUUGAGAAUUAAGAAAAACAGUGCAGAAUUCUUUAAUUUGGUAUAAAACUAUCACAAUCUAUCAUACUAUGUAAGAAUGAAAAACUUAUAUACAGCAAAAGCUGUGUUAACCAGCACUUUAGUAGCCAGAAAACUAUUAACCGGGAUGCGGCAAAAGCGAAACUGGAAAUACCAGUUCCAGGUUUUCCCGCUGCUGCGAGCAGAGUUCUUGCCACUUCUUCGGCCCAAGGCAAAGCAGCCUGCACAGGGCGCCCCUCCCUGUCCCCCGGCACACUGAUGUUGUGUGUACACCAGACAGUGCACAUUUGAUUAACCGGAAUAUUUGAUUAACCAGCAUCCCCCAUUCCCGGGGGAUGCCGGAUAACAGAGCUUUUACUGUAGAUAAAAAUAUACUUCAAAAAGGCCCUAUGUAGUUUGAGAAAUGACUUGGGUUAAUGUUUAAAUACAUGCUAAUGGAGAAGAUAAGUUCAGCAUGAGAUCCCCUGAAUGAUUGCCUUGUGAAAUGACCCAGUAGUUUGUAUUAUGCUGACUUGAAGUAUUUUUCCUUUACUGAAUUUAAUCUGAAGCUAAAACUUCCA